CCCGCCUCCUGCUCGAUCCGCCCCGCCUCCGGGCUGCCCUUAGCGCCGCCUGAUUGCGCGAGAGGCCUUGCAGUGUGCCAGGUGCUGAGCUGUGCGGAGUUUGAAGACAGCAGGCCACUGUCUUCUGGGCCAUGUCUGGCUGCCACGCUCCGGAGGGAGACUGUUGCUCGCGGCGAUGCGAAGCGCAGGACAAGGAACAUCCAAGAUACCUGAUUCCAGAACUUUGCAAGCAGUUUUACCAUUUAGGCUGGGUCACUGGGACUGGAGGAGGAAUUAGCUUGAAGCAUGGCAAUGAAAUCUACAUUGCUCCUUCAGGAGUGCAAAAGGAACGAAUUCAGCCAGAAGACAUGUUUGUGUGUGAUAUAAAUGAACAGGAUAUAAGUGGGCCUCCAGAAUCUAAGAAGCUUAAAAAAAGCCAAUGUACUCCUCUUUUCAUGAAUGCUUAUACACUGAGAGGAGCAGGCGCAGUGAUUCAUACCCACUCCAAAGCUGCUGUGAUGGCCACCCUUCUCUUUCCAGGACGAGAGUUUAAAAUUACACAUCAAGAGAUGAUAAAAGGAAUAAGGAAAUGUACCUCAGGGGGGUAUUAUAGAUACAAUGAUAUGUUAGUGGUACCCAUUAUUGAGAACACACCUGAGGAGAAGGACCUGAAAGAACGCAUGGCUCGUGCAAUGAAUGAGUACCCUGACUCCUGUGCAGUACUAGUCAGGCGCCAUGGAGUAUAUGUAUGGGGAGAAACCUGGGAGAAGGCGAAGACUAUGUGUGAGUGUUAUGACUAUCUGUUUGAUAUUGCUGUAUCAAUGAAGAAAGUAGGACUUGAUCCUACCCAGUUCCCAGUUGGAGAAAAUGGAAUUGUCUAAGCCAAGUGGAAGUUUAAUUAUAUACAGUGGAAGCCUAAAAUUAACUAUUACUUUACUGACAAUUAUUUUUCUAAAUAAAUUAAAAUUUGUAUGAUGCCAUUAAUUUGUAACUAUACACUAUAGGUGUUCACACCUAAUAUCUCCUGACAUUGUAUAUUUGUUUAUAUUCUUAAAAUUUUAAGUAGCAGAGUGAUGGAAUAAAAAAAUUUGCUCAGUGUU